AUGUCUUUCCGAUUCAAUAAGGCUACGUUUGAAGAUAACUCGUUCAACGAACAGAUCCGUGAAAAACUGACCAGUGCGCUCAAUGCGGAUGCAAACAGCGGAACGCAAUCGAAAAGCGCAAAUGCGUCAAACACGGCUGUCACAGAUGAGGUCAAGCAGGAGACUAAGGCGCCCAAAAAACUAGACAUUUUGAAAAGCGGGAUAUAUGUGCGAAAAGUGAACUUCCCGUCGAUCCCACAGCUAGAAAUCCUGGACCUGGACGUUUCGGCGCAAUCGAAAUCGCUGCUCAAGGGAAUUUGCAAAAUUUCAUGCAAAAACGCAAUGUUGGAAAUCACCACGGAAAUCGAAGCCAAUCUGCUCUUGCUUUACACUAAUAACGGGCCGGCGUUUACAACGCCACGUCUGAUCUCCAACGACUCGUUUACGGUCCCAAUAACCAUGACUUUCAGCCAGAUCGAGCUUGAGGCCAUCACCAAUAUUUUUGUGAAAAACACCAGCGUCGGCAUUUCUUUCAACGACGUGAAUCUGGACUUUGAUUUUGACUGCUCCAUCAAACUGCUGCAGUCCAGUAUCGAGAAACGGCUGAAGGGAUCCAUGGAAACAGUUUUCAAAGAAGUUCUCCCCAGCGUGAUCUUCAGCAUGAGCCAGCGCUGGUUUACCCAUGGAGAACCCAAUACGAGCUCCACGGACGAUAAUAGGCUUUCAGAGCAGGUUUCAAACCAUUCUCACGUGCCUCGCACCAUUUUGGAAGACUCAGAUCUCGAGGAUCUAUCACCGGCCACAAUGCUGCGACUCUCCACUCUGGUGUCUUCCCGACAAUCGCUAUCGCUGAAUCCAACAUCAAUGAACACCCUCAGUGCCAUUCCUGGGUGUUUGGAAAGGCAAAAUUUGCAUCGCUUCAAUUCUAGAGUGCCUGCACUCAGUAAUUUUUACCCCGCCUUUUACGACAAUGAGACCCCAGAUUUGAAAACGCUGGGUAGAUCCACAAGUUCCAACACCAUCAUUGGGAGAGGUUACUCCCAACAGCAUAACGCUCUUCCACAGCGUGUUCUUGAUGACAGAAGUUACGACCUCAAGACCAUUGCAUCCGUCCAGUCUCGAAUCUACGAAAGAAGUAGCAGUGGCGAUAAUUCUAAUUUGAGGAGACGCAAAAUCAAAAUGGGUCGGCGUGCGAAGUCAACGGCUGCCCCACCUGCGGAACAGGUUCCUACUAUCGAGGAGCAAAAAGUUGAAAAGAGUCCCACCGUGGAACCUGAAAAGUUGGAACAAACAGAAAUUGCUGCUCCUGACAUAUUGCAUACACCACAGGCUGUAUCUGCCAUAUCAUGCGCCGAAACGCCAGUUGAAAAGAAUUCGCUUUUGGAUGACGCUCCUUCGUUGGAAUGGCCGGUUUCAGGAAAACCGCACAUUGCCAAAUUGAACGUAUUAGAGGAAGCACAAUUUUUGAGUCGCAGACGUGAACUACAGAAACUCAGAUCGAGUUUGUAUUCGCCCAUGAGGGGCAGCAAGUUUUACGUUACGAGAGAAAUGGAACGGCCUAUUUUAGAGCAUAAGGGACUAAGCUUCGUGGGACUGGCUCACGGACUCAAAGCAGGGGCUGAGGAAGCACCACCUCCUCCUUACGGCUGCUAG